AAUAUUAUCGGCUAACUUCAGUUUGCGGCGCGGCAUGUGAGCGAUUUCUAUUUUCUGUUAUGUCUCAAUCUUCGAGAAAGGAAUAAAAAUGCCCGAAGUCAAGUGUCAUUAUGAGGUGUUAGGUGUUCCUCGGGAUGUUGAGGACGAUGUUUUAAAAAAGGCGUACCGGAAAAUGGCCCUAAAAUGGCAUCCCGACAAAAAUCCAGAUAAGGUAGAGGAAUGUACCAAAUACUUUGCUCAGAUCCAGACAGCUUAUGGCGUGUUAUCGGACAAACAGGAGAGGGCUUGGUAUGACAAGCACAGGGAAGCCAUACUCAAAGGAGGGUUCGGGAAAGACUAUGAAGAUAAUUUUAUGGAUGUUAUGCAGUACAUGACACCAACAGCAUACACAGGAUUUGGAGAUGAUGAGAAGGGUUAUUACAGUGUAUACAGAGAUGUGUUUGCUAAGAUUGCAGAGGAAGAUAUUCGCUAUAUGGAAGACGAGGACUCGAUCACUGGCAUCCCGGGCUUUGGAGAGUCACAGAGCUCAUAUGAAGAGGUUGUGCAUGUAUUUUAUGCAUACUGGCAGAGCUACCGUACCUCCAGGUCGUAUGUAUGGGUGGAGGAGUUUGACACGCGCGAGGCACCCAACAGACGAGUAGCUCGACUCAUUGAAAAAGAGAACAAGAAGAAGAGAGAAGCCGCCAAGAAGGAAUGGAACCAACAAGUUCAGCUUCUGGUAUCAUACGCAAAGAAGAAGGACAAGAGAGUUCAAGUACAUCGGAAAUUGAUGGAAGAGAAAGCUGCAGAAAAGAAGAAAUUAGAAGCAGAGAGGAGAGAAAGAGAAAGAAAAGAAAGAGCAAGGGAGCAUGCAGAGCUAGCUGAGCAGGGUCAAAAGGUCAAAGAAGAGAUGGAAGCCGAGCUCAAGGCCAUGGAAGCUACCUUUAACAAAGAGUAUGGAAUAGACAGUGAUAAUAUGGAUUCAGACUCCCAGGCAGACAGCCUUGAAGAUGAAUUGGAUGACUUGUUCUGUGUUGCCUGUAACAAGAGUUUCAAGAGCCCCAAAGCGUUUGCAAAUCACGAAAAUUCAAAGAAACAUAAAGAGAAUAUAAUAUUCCUGAAAGCCCAAAUGGAGGCAGAGGAGGAAGAGUUUGCUGGGGAGGAGGAGAGCCAAGAGGAAGAUUAUGAUCUGGAGGAGGGAGAUGGGGAGGAGAAGGAGGAGAGCGAAGAUGAUGAGGAAAGGGAGGUGAAAGAUGAAGAGGUAGACGAUGAAGAUCUUGAUGAAAUGGAGAUGGAAGAGCAAGCCAAGGUGAAUGGAGCAGAACCACAAAGAAAAAAACUCUCCAAGAAGCAAAAGAAAAAGAAGAGACAGCAGGCAAAACUAGACGAGUCAGAAAACAUUGAGGAGGAAGAAGAAGUAAUAGACGCUGUACAACCCAGUGAUGAAGAAGAUGAUGAUUUUCCUGUUAAAACAAAGUUGUCCAAGAAGCAAAAGAAGAAGAGGAGACAGCAGAUGAAGGCUGAUGAAGAUCAAGAACCAGACCCGCUGAAGGAUCUAAAUAAUCAACAUGGUGAUGGAGAAUUGGAGGAAGAGGACUUCACAAAAAUAAAGUUGUCUAAGAAGCAGAAAAAGAGGAGAAAACAACAAAGACAGAUGGCAGGAAAUGAGGAGGAGGAGGAAGAAGAAGAAGUGGAAGAUCUCUUAUCAAAAUUAGAGACAGAGACUACAAAACCAGUCCCAGAUGAUACAAGACCUGAAUGUAAAGAUGAAGAGCUGAGUUUAUCAGCUGAUCUCCAGGAGAGGUUGACCUUAGAAGAUCAAGACGAGGUGUCCAGUAAACAUCAAACACCCAGCAGUAAUGUCAAAGUGAAAACAAAAGGUGGAGAUGUACCAUCAAGUUCCCAGUCUACAUCAUCUUCUGAACCUCCGAUAUGUCACACCUGUUCGUCACGGUUUCCGACUCGGAAUAAACUCUUCAAACAUGUCAAGUCUACGGGUCAUGCUUUACGAUUGUCUGAGGAUACCCCAACAUCUCAUCAUAAUGCAUCUUCUGCAAAGUCGUCCAAGAAGAAGAAAAAGAAUAAAGGACGGAAUGAACUAGAAUGAAUUUUUGCAUCAAAACUCUAUUUAAUGCUGAAAAUAUAUUGUUUAAUUUACCACUAUUUAGCUCAAAGGUUUUGGUUAAAGGCCAUGUAGAGUAAAUGGCAAGUUUCACGGCAAUAUAGAAAUACAGCGUGAUCAUGUUCUUCCAUCGAUUGUCGAAACUCCACAGAGGCAACAGCUGUUUACCUGAUAUCUAUUUUACAAAUUUUCUGUUUAUUUGUAACCAUUCGACGAAAAUAAAAACACAGCAAAGAACAUUAAGUAUCACAGUUAUAGAUCUGCAUCUUUAUUCAUGUCUUAUCUGUGUCACUGUACUGUCAAAGGAAAGCUGUGGUGCUGCUGAGUAUUUCCAUUACAUGUAUUUUAUUUAUCAACUUUAAUCAGUGAAACUUCAUGAGUCUUGCAAUGCUUUCUGCUUACAAUUGCUGACAUGAGCUUGAACUGUGUGCCUUGUUACGGGACAAGGCAAAUGUUGAACGAGAAAUUUAUAAAACAGGCCAUUAAUAAUUACUCAACUGAAAUUAAAAUCCAUGUGUUAGGGCAAAAUCUUGAAUCAAGACUUUAAAUUUGAAAUCCUCCAAAAUAAAGUAAAACAAUGAAGAGUAUAUUUAAUUGCUAAUCAUUUGAUAUUGAUUUCACACUGAUAAUUUGGGAAGGUUGAGUUACAAAUAAAUAUCUUUAAAGUCAGA